AUGGCUAAUAGUGUGCAUCCGGUGGAGAUUAGGUACAGUGGAAAGUCGGAUAACUCCGAAAAACCGGAGACCCAUGGAACGUCAUCGCCAUCGGUGUCGCUAGAAGACAGCUGCAAUGAGUAUAUACACGAGAUAUUAGUCGAGUGGGAGUCCCAUGAGUCCCAAUACAACGUAGUCCCACUGAAAAGAGUGAAAGUUGCACUAUUUCCGUUACUUGUGGCAUUACGUAAGAAGGAGCUAGGUCCCGUGCAACUAAAUCAGCUUGCCAAUGUCUUGGAUGGCAUUCUCGAAGAAGACUUCAGCAGGGCUAAACAGGAGUACUUGACGUUGAGUAUUGGGAAGGGGAAGUUUCCCAUUGGGCUCACGAAUGUUGGUAUUCACGAGAGGAAGCAGGUACAGAGCUCGCAGGCCGAACAAAAUAUGAUUCUUGACGAUUGGUGUGUGAAUAUUAAAAGGCUCAUAAAUUUCAAACAAUGGUUAAUCACUCAUCACACAGAUACAGGGGAGCAACCAAAGCCCCAGGGACAGUAA